GCCACCCAAGGGUGCGGCGCCCGGGGCGGAGGCGGCGCAGGAAAGCCGGGCCUCCUCCGGCUCCCCCUCGCCCGCUGCCCCUCCUGUGUCCCGGGCGACCAGGCGACGCCCUGCCCGCACUAUCACCGCAGGUGGGCGGGACCGGGGCGGGACCCGCGCGGAGCUGACAAGACGCGGGCCGCGCCCGAUCAGCUGUCGGCCAGACCCACAGGAAGGGGCGGAGCUGCCUUCGGUGACGGCGAGCCGGCGCUAAGCGAGUGCCGCGGAGGGGACUUUGUGUCCCCAGCGCCCCGGGCCCUGAGGCCCAGCCAGGGCCCUUCCCGGUGCGGGCCGGAGGCGGACCGGCUGUGUCCGGGGAGCCUGGAGAUGCACCGCCGCGAACUGUCGCCGGCCCACGGCCACAGUGGGCCCGGCUGGGAGCAGGGACGGAAGAGACCCCCGGGGAACCCUGGCCUGAGCCUGUGGGUCGGCCUGGGCCUAACGCUGGUGCUGGUCCUGCCCGACUCCAUGGGGUUCUGGGCCCCUGCCGGAGCUCAUCCUCUUCCUGCCCAAAGCUACCCUGCCAAGUUCAGUGGCGCUGUGCCCCAGCUGCAGGGGGCUUUCGGAUGGUGGAACCUUUCCUGCCCCGUCUGCAAAGGCCUGUUCACCGCCAUCGACUUCGGGCUGAAGAAGGAGCCCAACGUGGAGCGGCUGGGCUCGAUGGCCACCUCCAUCUGCAAGCUGCUGAAGAUAGCGCCCCCCCACGUGUGCCAGUCCGCUGUGCGACUCUUUGAGAAGGACAUGGUGGACGUGUGGACACGCUCCGUGCUCAGCCCCUCUGAGGCCUGUGGCUUGCUCCUGGGCUCCACCUGUGGGCACUGGGACGUUUUCUCCUCGUGGAAUAUCUCUUUACCAGCAGUGCCGAAGCCACCCCCUAAGCCACCCAGCCCACCUCUCCCAGGUGCCCCUGUCAGCCGUAUCCUCUUCCUCACUGACCUACACUGGGACCAUGACUACUUGGAGGGCACAGAUCCUAACUGUGUGGACCCGCUAUGCUGCCGCCGGGGGUCUGGCCAGCCCCCUACCUCGAAGCCAGGGGCUGGAUACUGGGGCGAGUAUAGCAAGUGUGACCUGCCACUGCGCACCCUGGAAAGCAUGCUGAGCGGGUUGGGCGCAGCAGGCCCUUUUGAUAUGGUGUACUGGACAGGGGACAUCCCUGCCCAUGACGUCUGGCAGCAGUCCCGCAAGGAUCAGCUGCGGGCCCUGAGCACCAUCACCGACCUCGUGAGGAAGUUCCUGGGGCCUGUGCCUGUCUACCCUGCUGUGGGCAACCAUGAGAGCACUCCUGUCAACAGCUUCCCUCCCCCCUUCAUUCGGGGCAACCAGUCCUCAAACUGGCUCUAUGAGGCCAUGGCCCAGACCUGGAAGCCCUGGUUGCCUGCGGAAGCCCUUCACACCCUCAGAACUGGGGGAUUCUAUGCCCUUUCCCCUCGCCCUGGCCUCCGCCUCAUCUCUCUCAAUAUGAAUUUCUGUUCCCGUGAGAACUUCUGGCUCUUGAUCAACUCCACAGACCCUGCUGGACAGCUCCAGUGGCUCGUAGGGGAGCUUCAGGCUGCUGAGGACCGAGGAGACAAAGUGCAUAUAAUCGGCCACAUCCCCCCGGGGCACUGCCUGAAGAGCUGGAGCUGGAAUUAUUACCGAAUUGUGUCCAGGUAUGAGAACACCCUGGCUGCUCAGUUCUUUGGCCACACACAUGUGGAUGAGUUUGAGAUCUUCUACGAUGAGGAGACUCUGAGCCGGCCUCUGUCUGUGGCUUUCCUGGCACCAAGCGCCACCACCUACAUUGGCCUCAACCCUGGUUACCGGGUCUACCAAGUGGAUGGAAGCUACCCUGGGAGCUCCCACGUGGUCCUGGACCAUGAGACCUACAUCUUGAACCUGACGCAGGCCAAUGCGCCUGGAGCCACACCACACUGGCAGCGCCUGUACCGGGCUCGAGAAACCUACGGGCUGCCCAACUUGCUGCCGGCCGCCUGGCACAACCUGGUGUACCGCAUGCGGGAUGACACGCAGCUCUUCCAGACCUUCUGGUUUCUCUACCAUAAAGGCCACCCACCCACAGAGCCCUGUGGCACACCCUGUCGCCUUACCACUCUGUGCGCCCAACUCUCUGCCCGAUCCAACAGCCCUGCUCUCUGCCGCCACCUGGUGCCGAAUGAGUCUCUCUCAGAGGUCCAGCACUGGUCACCGAGGCCCCUAUUCUGCUAGGACCUCAGAGCCCAUAGUCGGGAAUGCUCGUCUUAGGAAAGGGGCAGAAGCCCAGUGCUGCUGCCACUCAACGUGGCAAGAACAUCCUGUGCAAGAUCUUAUCUUGGGCCCCAGAUAUGCCCAAAAACUGGAACUUUCUUCCUGGAGCCAGUCUGGCCGCAUCUGGGAGAAGGCCUGGCUGCUCUGUAUGUGCCCGGACCUUGACUGCUGUCCUCUCACAGUGGGGAACAGAAGCAGAAGUGCCCCGAGCAGCCAGACAGGAGCUGUCUCCUGAGGUCAAUGCUGCUGCUACCUGGCCUGCCAGGCUGAUGAAAUAAAGAUAAGAGACUUGGACUCCAGA